AUGCCAUACUCCGACGAUGAACAAACUCCCCUUAGGAGACCAUCUCAUACUUUCUUAGACCAACCAAUUGGUUCUUUUAAAGGUCCAAACUCCCUCCACAAUUUUGCUUCUUCGUUUACGAGAGCACAAAUUUUUAGUGCUUCGAAAUUGGAUAAUGAUAUUCAUAAGAAGCGUUCAUUCUUUACUCUGCCAUCGGAGGGGUCUUACUUAAAUGGUGAAGAUGACGAACAUCUUUAUGAUGCAGACCUUAUGGUUCCAUCUUCAAGGGGUGAAAGACUCUCAGUUGUAUUCCCUGAUAUAAGUCAUAGAAACCAAAUAUUCAUGAAUGAACAAAUCCUGCCUCAUGGAAGUAAUGAUGUCUUCUAUGCUGAUGACUAUAAUGCAGGAUAUCGUUCAAGACAUAAUUCUGUCUAUACUAAUGCAAUCCCAGUCGGGAAAAAACUCUAUCCAUCCAAAUCCUUUGCUAGUAUACGGUCAGCUAUUUCUGCAGUUACUACUGCUUCUCAAUUCAAUCUUAAACAAAUUGAGGAUAAGGAUGGUCACGUCAUCACAGUUGUAUCGGGUCAAUCUACUGCCCCACAAACAGUGUUUAAUUCUAUUAAUGUUUUGAUUGGUGUGGGUCUUUUAGCACUUCCAGUUGGAAUUAUGAAAGCUGGUUGGGUUUUCGGAAUCCCUUUAUUGGUUGCAUGUGGGUUAACCACCUUUUGGACCGCUACCUUAUUGUCAAGAACAAUGGAUACUGAUCCUACCAUCAUGACUUAUGCUGAUCUUGGUUAUGCAGCAUAUGGUUCUUAUGCCAAACUUAUCAUUUCAUUUUUAUUCUCAAUUGAUUUAUUGGGCGCUGGUGUGGCCCUUGUGGUACUUCUUAGUGAUUCCCUUUUUGCUCUUCUUGGUGAUGAUACCGUUUGGACAAAGACUAAUUUUAAACUUGUAUCAUUUUUGAUCCUUACACCAUUUACAUUCAUGCCAUUACCAGUUCUUUCAAUUUUUUCGCUUUUUGGUAUAAUGGCAACAGUUUCAAUCACUUGUCUUGUCUUUAUUCUAGGAUUCCUUAAACAAGAUGCACCUGGAUCUUUAUUAUCUAUGAUGCCAACAAAUCUUUGGCCUCAAUCUACACCUGAUCUACUUUUAUCUAUCGGGAUCCUAAUGGCUCCAUUUGGAGGACAUGCUAUCUUCCCUAAUUUGAAGUCUGACAUGAGACAUCCAUAUAAAUUCGCCAAAACUUUGAUUCCUACAUAUGCUACCAGUUUAAUUACAGACAUGAGUAUGGGUAUUUUAGGGUUUCUUAUGUUUGGAAGAUAUUGUAAUAAUGAAAUCACCAACAAUAUCUUAUUCACAGCAGGAUACCCACUGUGGUGUUACCCAUUAAUUUCAGGAUUAAUUUGCUUGGUUCCAUUAGCAAAGACUCCACUUAAUGCAAAGCCAAUUAUUCUGACUUUAGAUGUACUUUUCGGAAUUGAUAAUGUUAGAGAGGGCAAUUAUUUUAAGAAUUGGAUCUUUUCAUUAAGUAGAUUUACAGUUAGAAUUGGUGUUAAUGCAACUUUUGUUGCUCUUGCAAUUCUUUUCCCAGAAUUUGAUAGAGUAAUUGGAAUUUUAGGUGCUUCAAUUUGUUUCACUAUUUGCAUUAUUUUACCCUGUCUCUUUUAUUUGAAGAUUUGUGGGAAUGAUAUUGGAGCUUUUGAAAGAUUAUUAAUUAGGGUUGCAAUUUUAAUUAGUACGGUACUAGCUGUAAUUGGUACCUGGGCAGUUUUGCAAUUUUAA